AUGACCAAGGUGCCGAGCAUCCUCAUCUCAGCAGCUGUGGAGCAGGCGGCCAGGCCGAGGACCGGGCGCUGGGGCCCGAGCCUCCGCAGCGACAAGGGGCGGUGGCGGCGGGGAAGAGCUGAGCGCGCCGCCCUGCGCACGAGCCGCCCUGCGCACGAGCCGCCCUGCCCGCGAGCCGCCCUGCCCGCGAGCCGCCCUGCGCACGAGCCGCCCUGCGCACGAGCCGCCCUGCGCACGAGCCGCCCUGCGCACGAGCCGCCCUGCGCACGAGCCGCCCUGCGCACGAGCCGCCCUGCGCACGAGCCGCCCUGCGCACGAGCCGCCCUGCGCACGAGCCGCCCUGCGCACGAGCCGCCCUGCGCACGAGCCGCCCUGCGCACGAGCCGCCCUGCGCACGAGCCGCCCUGCGCACGAGCCGCCCUGCGCACGAGCCGCCCUGCGCACGAGCCGCCCUGCGCACGAGCCGCCCUGCGCACGAGCCGCCCUGCGCACGAGCCGCCCUGCGCACGAGCCGCCCUGCGCACGCGCGGUGCUCUCCCCCCGCCCCCCCCCGUGCCCGCGUGCUCCACCACGCCGCGCCCUCGUGCCGCACUGCGCACGCGCUGCGUCCCUCCCCCCUGCCCCCUCCCCGUGCUCGCGCGCUCCGCCACGCCUCAUCCUCCGCCGUACUGCGCACGCGCGGCCCUCCCCCCCGUGCCCGCGCACUCCACGCCGCCGCGCCCUCGCGCUGCACUGCGCACGCGCGCCCCCGUGCCCGCGCGCUCCACGCCGCCGCGCCCUCGCGCCGCACUGCGCACGCGCUCCCUCAGCCGGCGCGUUAACAUGGCGUCGCCGCGCCGCAAAGCCUAG